AAGACUUUGACCUAAAAAAAAAUGAUAAAGAAAAUUGCAGCAAUGGUCGUAAAAUUGAUAUUGUCUGGGCUACUAAGCCCCUAAAAAUAGAAUUUGCUAUUGCAGAAAUAAGCGGACCUCCAAAUGAACACCAACAUUCUCAUUAUUUUAGUGACAAAAUCAAAAUAGCCAAGAUGUUAAAAAUUAUGUUGAAUAGGAUAGUGCGAGUAUAUGGCGGCGCAAAAACGAACUUAAAUCUUCUAAAGCUUUAUGGGCUACAA